UUUUGCCCUCUGUUUCUCUUCUCCCUUUAUUCUCUGCCUGCCAUUUUUAUUUUAUAUUUUAUAAUUAAAUAAUUAAUUAGUGCAUCUUCCUCUUCCUUCCUCCAUUUUCAUUCUCUCUCAUUCCCUCCAUCUCUGAAUCACAUUCACAUAUCUAACCUCUCUCUGUUCUCUCUCUCCUUUUCACCUUAUUCCUCUUCGCUCAUUUUCUGUGCUCCGCUCUCCAGACUCAUUGGUGCUGAAUUGUCGAUCGAGGGGCUUCGAUUAACAUUCGUCGUGAUUCGGCGUGCGUGAAACUUCUUGGUAUUGCAAUUAGGAGUGUGGUGUUGAUCGCGAAGGUACACUGCAUGUUCGAUUGUUGAGGAGAGGGGGUCCUCUGCUCUGCUGUGGAGGAUUCCCGUGGAAGAGACGUUGCUUCUUCAGAUUCGUUGCUCUGAGUUUUAGGUAUUGAAUUUUUGGGGGAAAUGUUUGCUUCUGUAUCAGAUACGGGAAGUGAGGGGAGUGGAGUUUCAGGGCCCAUUUUGAUUCCGAAGCGUUUUGUUUGGCCUUAUGGGGGAAGAAGGGUGUUUCUAAGUGGUUCUUUCACGAGAUGGUCAGAACAUAUACCUAUGUCUCCGAUGGAGGGAUGCCCUGCAGUGUUUCAAGUUAUUUGCAGCUUAAUGCCGGGAUAUCAUCAGUACAAAUUUAAUGUAGAUGGUGAGUGGCGGCAUGAUGAACAGCAGCCAUUUGUAAGCGGGAACUACGGAGUAGUGAAUACUAUUUAUUUAUCGAGAGAGCCAGAUAUUUUACCUGCAAUCUUAAGUACUGAAAUGCCUGGUAGAUCCCACAUGGAGGUUGAUAAUGAUGUCUACAGGCAUAUGGAUGCUAAUCCAAGGAUGUCAGUGUCUGAUCUGGAGGCUUCUCGCCAUCGUAUAUCUGUAUUCCUAACCUCACAUACUGCAUAUGAUUUGCUUCCUGAAUCGGGGAAGGUCAUUGCCUUGGAUAUAAAUUUACCAGUUAAGCAAGCAUUUCAUGUUCUUUAUGAACAGGGCAUGUCUAUGGCUCCUCUAUGGGAUUUUUGCAGGAGUCAGUUUGUUGGAGUUCUUAGUGCAAUGGACUUCAUCCUAAUACUGAAAGAGCUGGGGAAUCAUGGUUCAAAUUUGACUCAAGAACAACUUGAGACUCAUACUAUAGCAGCCUGGAAAGAGGGAAAAUUACAGCGAUGCAGAACACUUGAUAAUAAUGGUGGAUCAUAUCCCUGGCGAUUUGUUCAUGCUGGGCCCCACGAAUGUCUAAAAGGAGUGGCUUUGAAGGUCUUGCAAAACAAGGUUUCAACCGUCCCUAUCAUCCAUUCUUCUUCAGAGGAUGGUUCAUUUCCUCAACUGCUACAUCUUGCUUCCCUAUCAGGAAUACUAAAAUGUAUAUGCAGGCAGUUUAAGCACUCCUCUAGUUCUUUGCCCAUUCUGCAACUCCCGGUUGGUUCAAUACCUUUGGGUACAUGGGUGCCUAAAGUUGGGGAACCAAACGGGCAGCCACUUGCAAUGCUGAGGCCAAAUGCUUCUCUCAGUGCUGCUCUAUUGAUGUUUGUUCAAGCUGAGGUUAGCUCAAUACCAAUUGUGGAUGAUAAUGAUUCAUUGCUUGACAUAUAUUCAAGAAGCGAUAUUACUGCAUUGGCAAAAGAUAAAGCUUAUGCACGGAUAUCUCUCGAUGAAAUUAGUAUUCAUCAGGCAUUGCUUUUAGGACAAGAUGCAAAUUCUCCUCAUGGGCUUUACAACGGCCACAGAUGUCAUAUGUGUUUGAGGUCUGACUCGUUGCACAAAGUGAUUGAGCGGUUGGCGAAUCCUGGGGUUAGGAGACUUGUGGUUGUGGAGGCUGGCAGCAAGCGCGUGGAAGGGAUUAUUUCCUUAACUGACGUGUUCAGAUUCUUGUUAGGGUAGUUGGGUUAUAUGAAGGGAAUAGCGGUGGUAUUAGCAGCAUUGAAAGGGACUACUUUGUUCUAUUUGCAGUGGUUUCUGAGCUUAUCCCCCGCCUUCCUGACCUGCGUACUUUUCAGAGUCCUUGGUUGGAGGGGCAUCUUUGGAUGCUGCCCUUGUAUGCUUUUUUAGGAUAGAAAUUUAAGAGAGAAAAUUCUGUAAAUUGAGGAUCAUUUUUCUCCUUUAAACAUCUUAACAUCUUGUUUUCUCCUGUGUGCCGGCACAUCUGGAAUGCGUGUGUCCAGUGCUAAUAGAAAUCAAGGAGAAACUGUGGGAAAAAAAAAUAAAAAUAAAGACUCGGAAAAGAUGAAAUAUAUAGCCGUAUGCAGCAUGCAUACUGUAGGUUGGUUGUAUCCUCGUAAAUUAAGGGUCUUCUUUUUCCAGAUCACUACAACUCCAGAUUUCUGCUGACAAGUUCAUUAUGGCUUUGUACGUGGAGCAGUCACUUG